AUGUGGAAACCUAAGCUUACAUUCAUUACAUUGCACUAUCUGUACAUCAUCGCAGUUGGUAUACUGGUAUUGAUCAUACUCUAUCCCAAUGGCAAUAUCUCCAGCACUGAUGCCUACUUCUUCGGCGUCAGCGGCAGUACCGAAUCAGGUCUCAACCCAGUCGAUGUCAAUGAUCUUCGCCUCUACCAACAGCUUACCAUCUACUUCAUUCCAUUCCUGGGCAACAUGCAAGUGGUGAGUAUCUUCAUCGUCAUAAUUCGUUUGAUCUGGUUCCGACGAUAUCUUGGCGUAAAACUUGAGAAGAGCCAAAAACAUCGCGCAAGUACUGUGCCGAUCGGUAACGGAAUUUCGGACGACGCUGUGACAAAAGACGAACUCAUUUUCCCACCUCAACGCUCGCGAAGUUGGGCGGAGGGUGAACGCGUUGUGGACAAGCAAAGAUCGUCGUCCGUCAACCUUGCUGCACCCGAGAAGGUCAACGCCGACGCGUCUACCCAGCAGUACCCAGAGUCCCUCAUUACUCGUGCUUUAGCAUUAGCAGCAACCGAGGACAUCCGCAAAACGCGCUCUCAUACUCCUGAAGGAAGAAGUCAUGCACCUGUAUCACCCACCCAUGUCACGUUUGCACCAGGCGCAGACAAUGACCCCGACCCUACCUUUCCGCCUCAACGUGUCCAGUCAUUGGACGAAGAUCUAGCACCCUGGGACGAAAAACGAGGUAGGGCCAUAACUUUCCACGAGGACCGCAAGCUCGACCUUAUGAGGUCACGCUCAAGUGAAGGGGUAGAUGGCUCCGUGCGAUUUCGAAAACGUCUUGGAAGUCUCUCCAAUGGUCCGCCAGAUCCAAAGUCUUUGCAUCGCGUGGUCAGCAAUCUCUUCGAAUUAGGUGCGGGUGAUGUUCCAGGACAGAGACACAACGGCGUGCCGUUGAGAAGGACUUCGACCUCAGAGUCUUCACGUUCACGGAGCAGGGCUCGAGAAACCAAUCGAAGACAAAGUCGCGCGGAAAGACUCAAGCUAUCGGCAAACGCGAUCAUCGGUCGAAAUUCCAAUUUCAGCAACCUGACAACAGAGGAUCAAGACCUUUUGGGCGGUAUUGAAUACCGAUCCCUCAAGCUAUUGCUGAAGUUUGUCCUUGGCUAUGUCUUCGGGCUGCAUUUUAUCGGCGCCAUCUGCUUGAUACCAUGGAUCCACCUCACACCUGAGCCUAAGUACAGGCAGUACCUUGCGGACUGUGGCCUGAACAGCACCUGGUGGGCUAUCUAUUCGGCAGGAACAAUGGCUAACAACCUGGGCUUCACUCUGACUCCAGACAGCAUGAUUUCGUUCCGCGAUGCCGUCUUUCCGAUUCUGGUGAUGACAAUUCUGGCCUAUGCUGGUCACACCUUCUACCCAGUCGGCCUUCGUAUCCUCAUCUGGACGUUUUCGAAGAUCCUGCCAAGAAAUCACAAGAUGCAGGAACCACUCCACUUCUUGCUUGAGCAUCCACGACGCUGCUAUACCCUGCUGUUCCCAGCCCGACAGACAUGGAUUCUGGCAGGUAUCCUGAUAGCACUGAAUAUUGUUGACGUGAUCUUGAUCAUAUGCCUGGAUCUCGACAAUCCCGAAGUGACGGCUGUACCAUUGGCGCCUCGAUUCAUAUCCUCGAUCUUUCAAGCAGCCAGUAGCCGACACACCGGCACCUUGACCUACAAUCUAGCCAACGUCAAUCCGGGCGUUCAGUUCAGCCUGCUGGUCAUGAUGUACGUCUCGAUCUUCCCCAUCGCACUCAGCGUGCGCUCCUCAAACACCUACGAAGAAACCAGUCUCGGUAUUUUCCAGUCAGACGAAGAGGACCCCUCCAAGGCCAACGACAGCAAGUCCUACCUGAAAGCUCAUGUACGCAAUCAGCUCAGCUUCGAUCUGUGGUAUAUCUUUCUAGGCUGUUUCUGCAUCUGCUGUUCCGAAGCCGACAAGAUCAUGGACACGAACGAUCCGGCCUUUCAAGUUUUUCCGGUCUUCUUCGAGGUCGCUUCUGCAUAUGGUAACGUAGGUCUGUCGCUCGGUCAUCCAAGUGUCACGACCAGCUUCUCUGGCAAAUUCAACACGUUCAGCAAACUGGUCAUAUGUGCUAUGAUGAUUCGUGGGAGACAUCGUGGCCUGCCGGUGCGACUUGAUCGUGCGAUUCUUUUACCGAGUGAUAAGUUCUCCAUGAACGAUGUUGAGAGCCGACCACGAGAGGAUAGAGACAUCAGUAAGAGGUUGCCGAAAUUGAAGUUGGCUCACACGCAGUGA